AAAGAAAUCGAUCAACAAUGCGAACGCAGACAUUUCCUCCGUCUUCUUCUUCUUCUCGAACUACUCAUCCGAAGAAAAAUCGGCACUCUUCAAACUCAAGCUCGAUGGCUCUUGUGACUCCAGCCAAGUCUUCCACUGGUGCUGCACCAAAACAAUCGUCACAAUCCGGAUGGGACUACUGGACACGUGUCUACUCUGACGAUGCACAAACAACUGGUACUCCACGAGACGUUCGGAUUUCGGACAUGCUGAGUUCCGAAUCACUGAUCCGUGCCAAACUGUUGUUCUUGAAUGUGCCAAGCCUUCCAUCGGCUCACAAGAAUAUUAUUUUGAAUCUGGUGAAAAGAGAGCUCAAUCAUGACAUUUCGAUUCAAGACGUGGUUGUUGUCCCACCUGCAAAAUGGUUUCUGAACUUUUAUCGCCCGGAAGACGCGUUGAAAGUUAUGAAACAUUUAAAUGGAUACUCUUAUCGUGGACACAUUCUUGCCGUCAGAUUCUGUUAUCCUGAUGGAACGUACGGCGACGAGAGUGCUCUCACAGAGUUGGUACAGUGCACCAAUAGUGCGAAGGGACGGAUUCUCGAGAAGAAAGACAUUGUCCAAGAUACAUUUGCAGUGGAAUGUUGGACUAAGACUGAAUUCGAUUCGCUGAAAGUUUUCGAGAAGGAGCUCACUAAUCUCCUGAAAGCUCACGCUUAUCUACCGUACCACACCGUUCUUCAAUCGAUGCGCAAUCUUUUCACAUGUAAAGUUCAAUCAGAGCUGUCAUCGAUGUUCAUCAGUGAUGCACUGGCACAAUGGCCAACUGGACUCAUUCGUAUUUUUAAUAGGAACGUGAAAGUUGUUUCAAACACAAUGUGUCUUUCGUCGAGUUCUUAUUAUACUCAGAGAAUUCAUGAUUCUGCAUUGGAAGGUGGUUGCUCGGUGCACAGAAACUCGUGGGAGCCAACUGUUCCGGAUGAUAUUCGCAGUGAAGUUCAAUUGAUCCAAUACACGAACUCAUUUCUUGGACACUUUGGACCACAAAACAUUGAUGUUGAUAUUCCCAUCCGUAUCCUGGCUCAAUCGUUGCGUGGAACUUGGCCAAAGACUGGACCAAAACUUGCUGCUCUACUCACUGAAAUCUCGUCUGGAUUCGUUCUCAUCAAUCGUGUCCUCUACUUGUCUAGCAAUCUGCAUCACCAUGAAAAAAUCAUUGACAAUUUGGCUUGUUUCCAAGACGACUGUACUGAUGUCUAUUUUCUUCCGUUGAGUUGUACUACUGAAGACCAAAAAGGGAAGACUGUCGAUUACGAAGAUAUCUAAUUGACGUCAUGCAUCAUUUCUCCGUUUCUUUUCUUCUCUCCAAUAAUUUUCUGGAAUCCUGAACUCAAAACGUCUACUUUCAGAAGAUAACUGCCGAUUUCAUUUUCCGGUGUUGCUGUUUCAAAAAUUGCUAUACAAGCAUCACGACACUGAAUAAACCGUUCCCAUUUACUUGCUCAUUUGUGCUAAAAUAAAUUAAAUGUUU